AUGCAUGAGUUUGAUACCCUUCCCGAAGAAGCUCAAAAGGAUAUCACCAACCACGUUCGGUAUCGGUUAGAGACAUACAGAGGCCGACUUUCAGCACAUAACCGCGCAAUGCCACGACAAGAUUUGAUGUUGCAUCUGGAACCACAGAUCUGUAAUAGAGGGGAGAGAGCCCCUGAUGGCACUGGUCCAUGGCCGGAAGAAAUGACUCAGUAUUUCUGUGCAUCGAAAGAUCUUCUGGAAUGGUGUCACAAAUACUUCAAACUUUAUCAGACUACCGAAAAAGUGUUUCCACUUUCUUCAGGCAACGAGCUACAUGUAAGCCUCUCUUGCUAUAGGACUAGAAUGUGGAAUCGGUAUCUGGAUGACAUCAAUAUUCCCAUUUGUAUCAUAACUUGCAUCAUGGUAUCGUGCGUCUUUCACGCUUGGUAUAUCGACUGGAAAAAGUACCGCGGAGAGUUCGGAGAAGAUGGCGAAAAUCAAGGACGUCCAUCUCCAAGUCCAUCUCCACCACCCCCGCCAUCAAAGAAAAAGGCAACUGGAAACCCAGCAGCUCCUCUUCCAAAGCUUCGAAGUCGUCAUGAAAACUUCAGAAACAGAAGAUCAUAA